AUGAAUAAAAACUUCAUAUUUUCAUAUACAAAAACAAAUAGCCCUCUUUUCAGGUGAGCAAACUAAUUACCAAUUAGUCACCUCUCUGUAAUUAUCUAUUUUUUUUUUUUCAUAUUUUCAUUCUCUCCACCCAUUUUCCCAUUGUUCACCAUUUUUGGUGACAAACGCAAUGGUGUCCUCUUUUUUUGUCAAAUGCUCGAAAUAAUUAGCAUAAUUUAGUCUGCUUGUGUUUUCCGGUUAUUCAACAGCUUCUCCCUAUUCUUUUCUCGCUAUUUUCUUUCUUUUGAAAAUGUUCCCAGAUGAAUUGAAUGGUGUUGGCGGCGGUUUGAAUAAUGUUUUUGUUUUUUUUUGGAAGAAGGAGGAAAAGUUGAAAAAGAGCGAGUCGAAAAAAAGAAAAAAGGCAUACAUUUUGAAAUAAACAAAAAAUGCAUUUGUUUAACAUUAGAAGAUGAAUUGUUUGAACUUCUUCAACAUCUUUUUGAACUUUUUCCUUUGUUCAAGAAAAUUUGGAAACUUUUUUUCACAAUUUCUUUCAAAAGCUGAAGUCUUAUUUGCAAAAAUGCAAAGGUUUUUUUUUCUUUUUUUUUUAACAUAAUUCCAAAAUUGAACCUACUAUGAAAGAAAUUUUCCACGUCACAGUUCAAAAAAAAUUCGAAUGUGAUCUCGAUUUUCAGUGUUCUAAAACUUAAAAUUCAGAUAUUUUCCAAUUUUGGAAUUGUUAGUGUUUUGAAAUUCGUUAAGUAUUUGGCGGAAAACAAUUGAAAAAGAUUCCAAAACGUUGAAGCUCAAAAAUCCAACAUUCUCCAAAAAUUUCAGUCCAACUUUUUUGCCGUUGUCCCCUAGGAGAAAUGUUAUUUUUCCUGUCACAUUUGUCAAAAAUGUUCCUUUUUCUUUUUAUUCACAUUUCAUGUUUUUAUACUUAUGUUUAUGUACUUAUUUUGGUUUCAAUUUCGAUUCAUUUUCUGGAUGACUGACCAAUUCAUCAUAAAUGUAAAUACAUUAGGCCCCUUUCCCAAUCGGCUCCUAAUUAUAACCUUUUUCUACCUUACCCCAUGUUAUAAUAGGUCUACUUUACUAAUUAUUUAUGUACCUAAAAGGAUCACUCAUAUUUCACUCAUAACUUUGUAGGUUCGCGGAUGAGAUUAUGAAAUUUUCGAGUUUCGCAUUAUUUUUGGUUCAAUUAUUUUUUGCUCGCAAUGUUUUAGCUAUCAAUUGUAUAACUUGUAUUUCACCGGAUACACAAUAUGGUGCAGCUGUUCGAAGGCAAUUUGCAACGCAGACUGAUGUUUUUCUAAGGCCCCAUGGUGUAACUACGCCAAAUUGCAGGUAGGUGAAGUUUAAGAGUAAAGUGUAAAAAAUGUUAGUUUUUUAUUGCUGAGUUUAUGAGAUUAAUUUUUGAAGAAAAAACUUCCAAUCAAUAUUAAGAAUCUAAGAAAAUUGAGAUUUCCAGAGAGGGUAAUCUAUGAGAACUAUAAUUUCUAGAUAAUGUUUUUUUUUUUAAUUUUAGGAAUUUAUUAAAAAGGACGACACAAAGCUAAUCUAAUCCAAUUCCAAAAAUGUCUCAAAUUCUGAAGUGUCCCUCAAAAAUGCAUCAAUUUUCCAGCAAAGAACUCAACCUGGAUCGACUUGAUCAAAUGGACGCACAAAUUUGCGCAAAAGAUUCAAUGUGUGUGACGCUGUUUCCAAAUUUACCCAGUAAGUAGAUAGCACUCGAGUACAUGACUUAUUCUAACUAAAAAACAGAGUGGGAUGCUUUCUGAAAAGAGAGAUCAUAGUCAGAAGACCAAACGGGAAAUACUAUCUUCAGCUACAAUAAAAAUCAUUUUUCAGACACAACAUUUGCUGCUCGCGGUUGUUUCGAGCAACUUCUCCGCUACAAUCUACGUGGCUAUGCUGAACUCAGAUCUCAAGGUUGUUAUAUGGUUCAAUCUCUUCCCGCAUUUCAAAACAACAUCCCAAUCGAUUAUGUCAUUUGCACUUGUAAUGGUAAUUAUUGUAAUACAAUGCCGAUUCCAUCAACUGUACCAAAACCCUACAGUUUUGGAACAUCUAAAAUUCUUCAAGUCAGUUCGAUUUAUCCCGAAGGACCACUUCAAAUCAUCUCAUCUUCUGUUUCUCGAUUCAUUUAUUUAUCUGCCACUGUGAUUUUAUUCAUAAUUUCUAUUUAUCUAUGA